AUGGACAACAACUCUAAUGUCGAAUUUUUGACUGAAGAAUUGGAAGACUUAGAGAUUAAGACCAAUUGGAUCAAUGAAUGGUAUCAACAUAUUGCGGUAGUUAAGACAAACAACGAACGCGAUGCUGACGAGACGUUGAACUACGAAAUGAAGGAUCCUCACGAUCACAAUGUUGAUAACAAUGACAACCCGGAAAUCAGGCAACCAACUGAAAUCGAUCCACGUCCGCCUUCAUAUACUGUAAAUGAAAACCACCCGGAUCCAAUGUAUCAACAGCCAGAAACAUCCCGAGGGAAUUGGAAUGAACAAUUGGAUGAUUUAUUUUUAGCGGAAUAUAGGGAACAAACUCAUCUGUCUCAGCACCGCCUACCUGACAUUGCAGACUAUUUUCCAUCAAGUCGCGAACCAAAUUCAACAGGAAAUGGGCACUAUAAUGAUGAUGGAAAUGCAAGACAAUCUACACCUCAAUUUAAUCAAGCUGAAAUUGCGCCGAUUUCCGUUCCUUUGUAUCACGCCCACAAUAGCCAAAUUGGACAUUUUGAAAUGACGCUGCCGGUUUUUCAGGAACAUCAAGUAAUGAUUCAUUGUCAAGCUAACCAACCUUUCAAACCGAGACACAGAAUUAAGAAAACCGAAUUGCUGAUGUUGACCGAACAAGAAAAGAAGGAUCGAAUUAAAAAACAAAACCAAAGGAACACUGCCAAUUACGAAUUAAAGAAGAAAACGGCACUUGAGAAAUCGCGUUAUGAACUUCCAAGGCUUCAAUCACGACUUGAUGAAGUCAAACGUCGAACACGAGAAAUAGAAAAUCAAGUUUCGGAUGUUUACCGCAUUAUAUCUCAAAGUUAUAAUACGAGUUAUUUAUACGGGAGUUUUGAGGACUUUAUUGGAACACUCCAACAAGAAAAAGCUAGGCGAAUAAAUGAAAUCACGGAGGAAAACAAGGAGAAUAUUGAACAUCUACAAAAAAUGUCUACAACCGCUGAGAAACUAUUGAAUGAUUUGAAAAAUAAUAAAGCACCAAAUGAUGAAAAAGGAAAAAUGACGAUAAAAGGAACAAAGGGAUCAAGAAAAACUCGCGCGAAGCAAAGUGCUGAGUCGAAGACAUUAGCAUACAAGAUAAGACUAGGAGAAGUCGAAAUCGAAAAGUUUCAAGCAAUAUCGGAAACAUUGGAGCAGAUUGCAAAGAAUGUCGCUCAGUUCGUAUUGGAAAAUGGCAUUCCAGCUAAUUAUUUCUAUGAGAGACCAUUGCACACUGAAGAUCGGUCAGAUGUCAGUCACGCAUUGGAUCCUACUUGUUCCUUGUUACCAGCCCGUCGGCACAUCUUCGGAUCCAACCGUGCACAAGAGCAGAACGCUAUCGCAGCGUCAAUUCCGCAAUAA